GUUUUGUAGUUGAUCGGGGUGGCAUCACCGUUUCCUAGCACAGACAGAAACCUGAGUCUAUUAUUUCAACCACCACUGUAACUAAAACAGCAUGGACAGAUUGAAAUUUAAUAAUUUGGUGAUAUCCAACAAGAAGGUCAUUCAAAAGGCACGCGCACAGACCAUCGCCAAAGUCGUACAGAAGCUGCGAAAGACAAAAGAUGUUCUGGCCAAAAAUCCGGACAGUGAAAAGGAAAAGAUUCGUUUGCGCAAGAACACAGAAUGCCUGGCCCAGUUGAAGGCCCUAAAGUGCAUGGACAUGGUGCGCCAAUCGCUCCUCCAGGAGGGCACAAAUCCCAAUGCGGUGAUUGCCAACGAGCUCUCCACGCCGGAUGAACUGGGCAUUGCCAUGCUGCGGCUAAACAAAUUGAUGCACGGACUGGUGGACAAGUUUGUGGAAACCCUGAAGCUGAGCACCGACAAAGAGGCCAAGUGGCGGGAGGAGAUCCAGGAGACGAGCAAGCGACGGGCCAAAAUAGAACGCACUGAGGAGCGGAAGCGGAAACGCAAGGAGCUGAAGGAGCAGAAGGCUCAAACCAAAAACAGAUUGGAGUGGUUAGAGCAGAACAAAGUGGCGAAUGCAGAAGUUAAUGGAGCGGCUGCGGAAACACCUACUCUCGAAAUCAGCCAAGUUAAGGUCGAGGAGGUCCCUCAGACUUCAGUUGAAACCGAAAAUCCUCCAGUGCCUCUUAAAGUCAAAAAGGAAAAGACACCUAAAACAGCAGCCAAAAAAGAUAAAAGCCUUAAGAAAAAACAAGCUUUUGAUGAGCAGAUCAAGCCUGAGAAAACUAAGCCCAAUCCCAAAAAAGAGGCUUUUGAGGAGUCAUUCAAGGAGAAUAACACAACCUCUGAUAAAAUUCAACAAACAGAACGCAGACCGAAGGAAUCUAAGCCAAAACCUUUGGAGAAAAAGCAAGCCAAGGAGCAGAAGCCUAAGCCUCGCUUAGAAAGGCAGCCGAGCUUUGAUGAAGAGGAACCACAACCUGACAGCGAUCGUCCCACACAUGUCGUUGAUCCCUUUUUCAUCACGGAAUCAGGCCAGCCGUACUUGUCCAGCGCCGUGGUUCUUUCCGGGGACAAUGACAGCGAAGCUGAAGAGGAACAGGGUCCGCCGCCAGUCAAGAAGUUCCGCAAGGAAGAGCGACGGACGAAUACAUAUCGUGAAAACAAACAGGAAAGACAGCCAGAGUUCAAAGCAAGAAAGCCAACCGAUGAUCGUCAUCCCUCGUGGCUGGCCAAGCAACAGCAGAAACCGAUCAUUGGUGAUUUUCGAGGCAAGAAGAUUACAUUCGGCGACGAUGGCCAGGCGGCAGAAAUUAUUGCUCCAAGUAUCAAUCAUUCAACCACGACUGCGGCUCCUGCUCCUUUGCCCACCGACGGCAUGCAUCCGUCUUGGGUGGCGAAACAGAAGUUUAAACCGAAAAUUGCUGCAUUUCAGGGCACCAAGAUUAAGUUUGACGAAGAUUAAACAUGUCGAUGGUA